AUGGCCCGCCUCAAGCUCUAUGUAACGGGUUCGGCCGUCAUGGCCAACAUGGUGCUUGCACGCGCCUACUACGAGCGUCCCAACUUCUACUCGGCUGCCGUCUACAUCUCGCAGAGCACCGGCUCCCUCAUGUUCCUGGUCAACCUGAUGCUCAUUGUAGCGGCAAGCGUCGGAUACGGGCUUCAGCGCCUCUUCUACGGCCCGCUGCGCCCUAUCGAGACGGAGCAACUGUACGACAAGGCCUGGUUUGCUGUCAGCGAGACACUGCUGGCCAUGACCAUCUUCAGAGACGACAUCGGCUUGUGGUUCUUCACCAUGUUCCUUUGCCUCUUGGCUGGCAAGGUGUGGCAGUGGAUCGGGGAGGGCAGAGUCGAGUUCCUCGAGCAACAGCCGCCUGCAAAUCCACGACUCUUUCACGCUCGCCUAGCCAGCUCCCUGCUCAUUUCCGUCUUCUUCGACGUCUUCAUGACACACUACUGUGUGACCUCGAUCCUCUCAGCAGCGCGACCAGGUGUAAUGGUCAUGUUCGGAUUCGAAUACGUCCUACUCACCAUCGCCUCGACGUCGACUCUCAUGCGCUACGGCCUGUCGCUUGUUGAGCUCGCCAUCACACAACGUCAAGAGAAUGCGAGAGACGAGGCACGAACGCUCGCAAGGGAACAAGCGCGUCAACAGGCUGCUGCUGACGGUGCCGAAGCGCCUGCCGAGGUUGAAGACGAUGAAGACGAGGUCGAUGUUCCUGGCUGGGAAGACAAGGGCCGCUGGGUGUUCUACCUGGAUCUCGCCACCGACUUCGUCAAAGCCUCGGUCUACUUGGGUUUCUUCACAGUUCUCAUGACCUUCUACGGCAUCCCCAUCCACAUUAUGCGCGAUCUCUUCAUGUCUAUCCGUUCGCUGGUCAAGCGCAUCAACGACUUUAUCCAGUACCGAAAUGCGACACGCGACAUGAACACCCGUUACCCAGACGCCACGGGAGACGACCUGAGUCGAGAGAACAUCUGCAUUGUCUGCCGCGAGGAGAUGCGACCCUGGACUCCGCCAGGCGCACAAGGUGCACAGCCGGGGCGGAGGGUGGACGAGCGACAAAGACCAAAGAAGCUGCCAUGUGGACACAUCCUGCACUUCGGCUGCUUAAGGAGCUGGCUCGAACGACAACAGGUCUGCCCGACUUGCCGACGACCUGUGCUUGGUGAGCCAGCAGCUCAACCUACCCAACCCAACAAUGCAGCGAACCCAGCACCACAGAACCAGCAGAACUUCCCGAACGCGCCAUUCCAGGGAGUGUUGCGCGGAUUUCUGCCAGGCAAUGCGCAGCAGGCUCCUGCUAAUCAGGGUCAACCUGGCGCGCCAGCUCCGCAGAACGCACAGCAGAACAGGCCUGCAGGCAACAUGCGCGUCUUCAACUUUGGGCCUUUUCGGGUCGCUCUGGGGAACCUUCGUCUACCCGCAGAACAAGCAGGCAAUCCAGACAACGUGCGGAACGCUAUUGACCAGCUGCGCCAACAGGCCGACGCAGGACAAGCUCCCCAAGCGUCUGCUCACUUGCAGCAGCAGGAACAGGCUCAAACCCAGCCCCUGCUUUCCAAUGCGGCCUUCAGCAUUCCCACAAAUCAGAUGGGGGCUGCUCUCGCACAGCAGCCUUCCGACAUUCGGUACGACAUACUGCGUAUCCAGCAACACAUCAUCCAUCAGCUCCGUCAACUGAACGUGCAAAACGAGCAGCUGGAAGUGACUUCAAGGCUUCUUGUUGAGUUGAACCGCCUGAACGCCUUGUCCGCUACUGGGCAGCAAUCACCUCCUGUUGCUCCGCUGGAACCGCAGAGUGCGAGCUCGUUCGCACCACAAGCAUACUUUUCCAGAGGCGAAGUGUUGAGGCAGGGCGACGCCCGAGUUCCCGAGGGCCUGACGCUACCAGAAGGGUGGACGUUGAGACCUAUGGCACUCGCAGCGCAACCAGGCCAAGAGAACGCACUGGCCUCGUUGUCGCAGCACCCGCAACCGGUGCCAGCAUCUGCAACACCAGCACCUGCAAUACCAGCACCUGCAAUACCAGCGUCGGCGGGACCAGAAGCUCAGCCAGAAGAACCUCAACCACAAGCAGAGUCCGCGCAGGUGCAGCCUAAGCCUACGCCUACUGCAGCAACAACGGCCCCGACAGCUUCAGUCUCAACUUCAGGAGCGUCACCCAAAGCCGCUGAACCCAGUUCGCUUGAGUCGAGCUGGAGCUUCGGUAAUCUACCCGAGCGAAAUGAGGCGAAUGGUUCAACCUCCGCGGUCGCAGGGGGCAGCUCAGAAGGCCAGAAUGUGACAAAGCGGGCAGUUACUGUGGAAGAUGCCGAAGACAACGAACAGUGA